AUGUCGCGACACCGAAUCAUCGCGCCCGCCGAGAUCGCGCAAAAGAUUGCCGAGGGCGAGCCAAUCGUAAUCCACGAGGGCUAUGUCCUGAAUCUCGGAGAAUGGAUCAAUAGGCAUCCGGGCGGCCGUCUCGCCAUCCUGCACAUGGUGGGAAGAGACGCGACAGACGAGAUCAAUAUCUAUCACACCAAUAAGGCACUGCUUAUGAUGACAAAGCAUCGCAUCGGUCGUGUCGAGAUGCCCUGGGCCAACAUGGAACCUCCAAUCCGCUCGCCGGACUACUACAUCAAUCUUGCGGAAAGAAAGCGAUUGGCCGCGGCGCCAGAGUCCGAAAAGUCACGUCGCGGGAGGAGCGUCGACCUGGGAUCCGCCGCCGCCAUCAUCAGCAAGAAGUUGAUUGGAAAACCAGAUACUUGUGUCUACCGCUCAAGUAGCAGGCCUGCCAGCGACCCCGAAAAGCUGCCUCUUAUCCAAAGCGAAGAUGAGAUGGAGACACCAGUCUUGUCUGCCGCGGAAGAGAAGAAGAGGCACAGGGAGCAGUAUGCCAUCGAGCAAGAGGAGAGGGAGAUCGAAGAAGGUCUCCGCGACAACCCCUCGCUCGACGUGGAAACGCAAAACACCAUCAUUCAAAGUUACCGUGAAUUGCACCAACGGUUCAAAGACGAGGGACUAUACCAAUGCCGCUACUCAGAAUACGCCAGAGAGUCGGUUCGAUACGCUCUGCUCUUCGCUGCAUUCGCCGGCUUCCUUUACGCCAAGUGGUACAUGACCUCCGCAGUCUUCCUUGGUCUUUUCUGGCAACAAAUCAUGUUCACAGCACAUGAUGCCGGCCAUCGUGGAAUCACAGGCAACUUCGUCAUCGAUACCCUCAUCGGCGCUUUCAUCGCAGACUUUUGCUCUGGCCUCAGCAUCGGCUGGUGGAAAUCCAGCCACAACGUCCACCAUCUCAUCACUAACAUGCCAGAGCAUGAUCCGGACAUCCAGAACAUCCCUCUGUUCUCCACCACUCCUACUUACAUCAAGUCCGUUCUGUCAUCCUUCUACAACUUCCAGUUUGUAUGGGACGCUGCAUGCGAUGUCAUUGUCCCUUACCAAAAGUACCUUUACUACCCGAUCAUGGCCUUUGCCAGAUUCAACCUAUACUUCCUCGGCUGGUUGCAUUUGGUCUCACCCCGAGCAGCUCAAUUGGGUGCAGCAUGGUGGACACGCCCCGUCGAAAUCGUCUUCAUGUGCUGCUACUGGUACAUCUUCGGCUACCUUCUCUGCUGGCUCUAUCUUCCCACAUGGCCCAUUCGUGUCGGCUUCGUCAUCAUCUCGCACAUGGUCACCAUGGUUUUGCACGUACAAAUCACCCUCUCUCACUGGGGUAUGCCCACAGCCGACCUCGGACCCACUGAGUCUUUCCCUCAACGCCAACUGCGCACAACCAUGGACGUCGAUUGCCCACCCUGGAUGGACUGGUUCCACGGCGGUCUACAGUUCCAAGCUGUUCACCACCUGUUCCCCCGCGUACCUCGCCACAACCUCCGCCGCGGCCAAGAGCUCGUCCGCGAGUUCUCGGCCAAGACUGGCGUCAAGUACAACUGCGUUGGCUUUGUCGAUGGCAACAAGGUCGUGAUCAGCCGCCUAGAGCAGAUCUCGCAAAUGGUCAAGAUCAUGGUCGAAUGCCAGAACCACAUGGCUGAGACUGGCGAGAGUGGAUUGCACUAG